AUGGCUUCGACGUACCUAUCACACUUGGACCCCUGUGUCUCAUUCGUGCGGAGGCAUUUGGUCUUCGCCGCGGCACACUGGGCACAAGCGGCGCCCCAAGUCGCAGUGGAUACGGCCCGCCGCCGUUCCGGCUGGGGGCUGCUUGACGAUAGGGACGGCGACGCCGACGACGAGGCGGUGGAAGCCAUAUUCCGUACGGGGUGUCAUGCAAAGCGGCCCCUCGGGGAGGAAGAUGUGUCUGCGCCUUCGGGUAUUGCGGAGUUUUCCGUUAUGGCGCAAGGCGGACCAGAGGCGGUGAUUCGGAGAUUCAACAAAGAAGAGGCGGCCCCGGGGUCGCCGGGAAGAUAA